AAACUAGUUGUAGUGUUGUUGAAAACUUGGCCACACCUUAUCCACAAACACAACUUCCAUUCUCUCUCCCUCUCAUUCUGAUAACACAAACACAAACACUUGCAAAAUCCUAAAUCCAUCAUAACCAAACAAAACAAACAAACUGUUCGGAAGAAAAGAAAAAGAAAAUGUCAGUGGCAACUUCAUUCCCUUACAUCAAAAUCCCAUCUCCCUCUUCUUCCUCUUCAUUACAAUCUUCUUCUUCAUCUUCUUCAUCAUCAUCAUCUUCUUCUUCUUGCUCUUCUCAUUCUUCAAUCAUUACCAACAAGUCUUUUCCAAGAAGAGCUUUGAUCAUAAGGAAUUCUCAAACUGAAGGUCCUAUAAGAAGACCUGUUGCUCCUUCUAUUAGGGAGCCUUCUCCACCUUCUUCAACUCCCCUUAAGCCCACCACUCCUCCUCCCUCUCCGGUGGUCGCCGGUGGAGGAAUUGGGGUGGAGGAUAAGAAUGCUGUGACUUUGGAGUUUCAGAGACAGAAGGCCAAGGAGCUUCAGGAGUAUUUUAAGAAGAAGAAGCUUGAGGAGGCUAGUCAAGGCCCUUUCUUUGGCUUUGUUGGAAAGAAUGAAAUCAACAAUGGAAGAUGGGCAAUGUUUGGUUUUGCCGUGGGACUACUAACAGAGUAUGCAACUGGCUCUGAUCUUGUUGAUCAAGUAAAGAUCCUUCUCUCAAAUUUUGGGAUACUUGAUCUAGAUUGAUGUAGUUGGGAGGGCUUGGUCUUCUUCAAACUACAAUUUCUAUUCUCAUACUUUAAACAAUGCUAAAUAUCACCAAUGGUGAUCAUUGCUUAGUUUUCAACCAGUCAAAGUUGGUUUCUAUGUAAAAACUAUGAAGCUGCAGAUUCAUAAGAGAGAUGUUCCAAAUAUGAUUGGUUAAAAUUCAGUGAUGGUCAGCAAUAGUGAUGCCUUAGUAUUUUAUUGUCAUGUUUAAAAUUUUAUUACUUCAUUGUGUUUACUUUGGUAACUUUGUGAGUUUUUUAUCUCUUCAAUUUUCAAUCUCUUUCUCUUGUCUGCUAUGUUAUUAUCAUAAAAGCCUUGUAUCUUCUUCACUGUACUUUUGCCAAAGUUACACAAAUACAAGAAUUCAGUUUUAAUUUUC